UUAUUAUUAUUAUUUCUAACAUUUUCCCGAACAAAAUGGCAUCUAAAAGUGAUCAGCCGUCACAACUGGUGAAGUAUGGGUUGACCGCCAAGAUUCUGUACCAUUUAUUGGCCUUUAUGGAUGGUUAUGACAUCCAGUCUCUAUCGGUAUGUAUGAGAGCCUUUGAGAUUUCGCUAGGACUCUCACCAUCUUCCCUUGCAUGGAUGGCAUCGGUCGAAAUAGUGUCUCUGGUAGCCUGUGGUACCAUUUGGGGUUACCUAGCGGACUUUUACAAAAUUCGCUAUUUGCUUUGCAUCGCAAUGAAUUUAGUCGGUCUAUCAGCUAUCGGUAUUGGCUGCGCCAGCAACUACGCUCUGAUUAUGUUCCUACGUGUUGUACACGGAGCAGCCAUGGGUUGCACAGCUCCAGCUAUCCAACAGAUUGUAACUGGUGCCACUGACAAGGACUCUUACGGAACAGCUUUCGGAAUCAUCCACGCAGUGUCUUGCUUCGGUCGUCUGGUAUCUGCUAUACUGAUAACAUCCGUUGCAAUCAAGGUUCCAUUUGGCAAGAUUUAUGGAUGGCGUAUUUGUUACAUUGCCGUUGGUAUAGUGUGGAUUCUGUUGGGUGCCCUUAUGGCUAUAUACCUAGACAGUGCCGAUGAGAGCAAUAUUACCAUAGAGAAGGAACCAAACAACAUUUGGGAAACGCUAAGAGCUAUCUUCCGCACCUGGACUUCAAUCAUUUUGCUAUUUGCCAUUUUCAUUUCAGACGCUCCCUUCGCUGCGUUUACCUAUAUGAUUCUAUAUCUACAAUAUCUCGGGCUUAGUGACCUCGAAGCUGGUGUUGCCUGUGCACUAACUCUUUUGGGUGGAUUAUUAGGUGGUGGUUUCGGUGGAUUUGCUGUUGAUAUGUGUCAUAAAAAGAGUACGAGAUAUGGUAGACUGAUUGCGGGUAACGCCAUUAUGCUACUGCGUCUAUCAGUGACACUUGCAUUCUUUUUGGGGCCCUUACCCCAAAACGGUUUAAGUUGGUAUCACUACGUAGAGAUCAUACUCCUGGGAUCGUCACUAAUGACAGUCAGCGCUAUUGAUCGUCCUAUUAUGGGUGCUGUCGUGGAGAAGAAGUACCAGGCUUCCGCAACGGGUAUCAAUCGCUGCAUUGCCGGUAUACUCAGUAGUCUCACGUUCCUGCCACUCGCUGGUCUCUUAACUGAGAUGGCCUUUGGCUACCAGAAAUCACAGCUGCCCAUAGAUCAAUUGGAAGAGAACGUGAGGUCAACAAACAGCGAUGCUCUGCGAAAGGCGAUGAUGUUCAUCAUUGGCAUAGGUACAGUUAUCAACACCAUGUGCUAUAUUGCCUUUUUCUUCACUUACCCCAAGGAUUCGGCAGAGACCGAAGAAAGGGAAAAUGAAGUAGUAUCAAUAUGAAGUCGUUUAUAAUAUUUAUUUAGAUA